AUGUCAACAGUUUUCGUCUCAGGAGCAACUGGUUUCAUUGCUCUGCACACAGUUCAACAAUUAUUAGACCAAGGUUAUAAAGUGAUCGGAUCAGUUAGAUCAGAAUCCAAAGGCCAAUCAUUGUCUCAAGCCUUGAAAAACAAUUCCAACUUCAGCUAUGUUAUUAUUCCUGAUAUCUCGACUCCAGGUGCAUUCGAUGCGGUCUUGAAACAACAUCCAGAAAUAACUGGAUUCUUGCAUAUUGCAUCUCCAUUUAGAAUGAAUAUUUCUGAUCCUGAAAGAGAUACUUUGAUCCCGGCUAUUGAGGGUACUAAGAAUGUCUUGAAAUCUAUUCAAACCAACGCGCCUCAAAUUUCCCGAGUUGUGAUCACUUCAUCUGAUUGUGCUGCUAGGGAAAAUGAUGACAAGAAUCCGAAUAUUACGCUUGAUGAAAGUGUCUGGAGUAAAGCUACCUACGAUUCUUCAAAGGUUCACCCAGUUUUGGCCUAUUUAGGUUCCAAACCAUUAGCCGAAAAGUUGGCAUGGGAUUUUGUCAAGAGGGAAAACCCAAACUAUGAAUUAGUUACUGUUUUACCAAGUUAUACUUUUGGUCCACAAAUUGACGAUUCCUUAAUUUCACCUGUUUUGAAUCAAUCAUCCCAAGUCUUGGAACAAAUCGUGUAUCUGAAUCCAGAUUCUGAAUUACAACACCAUGUUGGAAGUUUCAUUGAUGUCAGAGACGCCGCCAGAGCCCAUAUUGUUGCAUUAACUAGCAAGCAAGCCGUUGGCAGAAGAUUAAUUUUAUCAUCAUCUAGAUUUACUUCGCAAUCUAUAUAUGACAUAUUAGCGGACAAAUACCCAAAUUUGAACACUUUCAAAGGUGAAAAGGGAACUGAUGUUGAAGAAAUUAAACAAUUGCAACAAUUGAACUACUCUACGACCAAAGAAAUUUUAGGUUUUGAAUAUGUUCCAUUGAAGAAGAGUGUUGUCGAUUGUGUUGAUCAAUUGCAACGCGUUAGAGCCUAA